UUUCCAACAACUUCAUUUAUUUCAUCUCACCAACUUCGCUUUAUCAUAGUUACUAAUUUUUACUUUGAUUUUCAUUUUUUUUUACUUUCUAUUUAAACAAACUAACACACUUUGGAUUUUCAUCACCACCUCGAUUCUCCUAUCAUCCUUUUCAAACUACUUUUUUUUCCAUCUUCAACAAAGUAGUAGCCUUCCAUCCAGCUCGUUGAGUUUUGUAGGAGACAUAUGAGACUCUUCAAAUAUGGAGAGUCUUGCAACUAGGUUGAUAAUACAGCACCGUUCAAGCACUAACUAUGAGGAGAAGUGUUCAAUGACUGUUAAGGAUCUGGAACAGUUUUGGGUAUGAGCGGAAUUGGUAAAUCAGGUAAAUAAGUUUAUCUUUGUCUUUUGUUAUUAAUCAAUAAAUUUAAAGUGACUUUGAGAAAAAAAUUUAAUGAAAAAUCUAAAAUUAUCUAAAAGACAAAUUUACUUUUUUUUUUUUAAAGGGUCUUUAUAAUCAGUGUCUUCAGAUACUUUUUAAGCAUACUAAAUAAGAAAAAUAUUUUUUAUAAAAGUAAACAUUACAAUUUUAAAUACAAUUUUAAUGCAUUAAAUACACGCAUUUUAAUAAAAACUUACUCCCACUUUAAUCACUUAAAAAGUGUCUUAAAGACAUUGGUUAGCAUUUCGCUUUUUUUAAAUGGGUAUGUGUUGUAAAAGUGUCGAUUUGCUUAUACUCAACAUUAUUUAUUUAUUACUGCAAUUGAUUUCAUUUAAUAUUUUUGGAUUCGAUAAAUAGAUUAUUAAUUCUUUAAUCUUCAUUGCCAGACUUCAAAAACUUCAACUAUUUUAUUUUUAAAUUUUUUAACUUUUAAACUUAAAUGUUAAUAAUGCUCUACAAUAAAAAAUAAAUAUGUCACAAUAGAUUCAAAUGAAAUAAAAACUAUAAACUAAAAAUAAAUAAAUAAAAAUUUAAGCAAUAAAACAUAACUAUCAAAUAUGUUACUAUUUAGUAUAAAAAAAAUUACUGUAAACACUGUUUCUCUGUCUAUUAUAAAAAAAUUGUUGACGGAAAUAAAAUUUAUAUAAUUAAAAUAAAAACAUAUUUUUUUAAAUAUAAAUACUUCUAUACUUUAAAAAAAAUUAAAGUUUACUAACUAAUACUAUAUAAACAAAUAAAAUUAUUAUUUUUUGAAUCACCGAAGAUUGAUUUAAUUUAAAAAGCAAUUAGUGAUUUUUCAAUUAUUGAUCAUGCCGUUUAUCAAUUACGUGGUUUUUCAUCUACUAUCUACCCAUUAAUAAAAUGUUGCCCAAAUUUACUUAUUUAACCUUCCCCCCCAAAUUAUUUAUACUGCACAAAGGUUAUCUAGGUAAUUAGCAAAUGAAAAAAUCAAAUAUGCCAAUUGUACUGAUCUCAUUGGUCCAUUCCAAAAAUCUGUACUAACAUUUGGAAACUCGCCAUUUUCGUUUCCCUCCCAAACAAAUUAUAUUUUACUACUCUGCAAAAGUCACUUUUGAUUUAGAGAAAGGGACAAACCCAAAGCAUAAACCAAACACUGCUCCACUCGGUUUACCGUGAGUAUCGGCUUGAACACUUCCUUCAUCCGCCGUUUCUAGAACUCUCCGCAUUUUCCCUUCCUCAGGUAUGAAUGUACCACCUUCUCUUAGCUUUCGUUUGCCUGUUUAAAGUGUUUAUUCAUCAGAGUUUCUCCAAAGAACAUUAUACUUACAUUUGAGUUCUUCUGCAUUUUUUCUCCAAACAACAUAUAGUUGAUGCUACUGCUUCUUAUGUGUUAGGUUCUGUGGAACACCCAGAUGCUGCAGCACAUAUGUUAUACUUUAUGUUUUAUGUCCUCUAUGUUUUUUGUUUUAUGUCUGCAAAAUAUAGUUUUUCUAUCAUUUUAUGUUUUUAAAUGCUCUGAUCUGGAAAUAUGUCUAUAAACUAUGAUCUGAAAAGUUUUCUUUUAUCUCUGUUAUCUUAUACUUUCCAUCUAUAGCAGCGAAAAUGUCAAGACUUCCCAUUUUGAUUAAAGAUUUGGUCAAGGGAAAUCAGCUCUGGAAAAUGCACAUUAGGGUGGUUGAUUUGUGGGUUGUUAGUGAGAAAACUGGGCAACAACACCUUGAAGCAGUUAUGGUGGAUGUAAAGGGUGACAAGAUUCAUAUCACCACUCGGGCUAGAGACUUCCAAGAUUGGAUUGAAGUGGUCAAGGAGCAUGAGACGUAUUACCUUUAUAAUGGAGAGCCAGUUGACAAUGAUGGCCCUUUCAAAGUCUGUUUUAACCCACUUAAACUCAUAUUCAAUGGAGGGACUACCAUGACAAAAGUGGCGAUACCGGAAAUACCAACUCACAGCUAGACUUUUCACCCUAUUGAGAGAUUUCUCAAAGGAGACUUCAAGCAUGACAUGUUGUAUGAUGUCAUUGGUGUAUUACAAGAUGUUUUGAAAACCCAGAUGGGAGGUGGCGGUAGAAAAUCUUGCGUCAAUAUAACUUUGCGUGAUGUAGAAGGCAAUGUGAUCGAGCUGGUGUUAUGGGAGGAUUACGCCAAACAGUUCGUCGCCUACACUACCCCUAAUAACUUUGUCGGUCCUACUAUUAUUGUUUUGACACAUUCAUGGUGCAAGACUAAUACAGUUUCUGGUUUACCCUGUCUUUCGAACGCAUGGAGCGGUUCUAAACUUUACAUCAACUUGGAGCAUCCACAAGUUGAUGAAUUCAAAGCUAGUUUUGGAUCCAACCUACCUGUUGCUUCCCAAUCAUUGACUUGCGAUUCAUCUGUUCAAUCGCAAAACAAUUUUUGGACCAAAUUGUCUGAGGUCAAGAGUAUCCGUGCAGUAUCUAAAUUUGGAAGGGACUGUUUUGCAACCACCAUUGGAACUACCACUGGUUUUAAUGCCUCCAGGUUUGGAUGGUAUUUUGAAUCAAAUGGAAAUACGGAUGCUGAACGCGUUACUAAAUUCAAACUUGAAGUUGAGGUGGAAUAUGAUAACCAUAAGGGGAUAUUUGUUUUUUGGGAUAAGGAUGCUAUUCCUUAUACUAAACACACUGCUACUGAAUUAAGAGAAAUCAUGAAGAAGGCUGGAGAGGACAAUCCUAAGAUUUGGCCUACUCACCUGGAUGCGUUGUUGAAUAGACAGAUGGUGUUUCGUAUCAAAUAUCAAUCACAAUUUCGACGAUUCUCUAUUGUGAAGAUACUUAACGAAGACGGCCUUUACAAUAAGUUUGACACUGUAGAUGUUGUUGAUUGGCUGUAAUUUUUGGUAAAACUCAUUGUGUUUCUAUCUUGUCUAAUCUGGUGUCAUGACAUGCAUUCUACUGUUGUGAAGUUUUUCUUAUGCAGGCCUUUACCUGAUGUCAAGGCCGAUGUCAUGACAUUCGCAGCUGUUACGUUCUUUUCUAUUACUAUUUAUGGUUAUGUGAUCUGAUAAGAUCCUAUGCGCUUUAUUUGGUAAUGUUGGAUUCUGAUCUGAUUCAAGGACAUCUUUGAUGGUUAUUAUUUUUAGUUCCUUGAUUUAUGGAAAUUAGUUUUAUUAGGGUUAAAACUAAUUUGGAUCCAAGGCCCAGCUGCUGUGUUUUAUGAAGGCUAUAUAUUCUACGAAGAAGCUGCUGAUCAUGUUAGGGUUUUUGUUUGAGAAGCUUUAAGAGUUCUUUGUUUUAAGUUUUCGUUCUAGCCUUCUUGUAAGCCAAACAAUCAUCAUGAUGAUUGUCUUGGUCUAGGUGUUUUGUUUUGAGUUGUAAGAAGUACUCAAAGCUUUUAAGCCAGAGUACUAUUGUACUUGAUUAAAGCUUUUAAGCAAGAUCAAGUUGUGUCUUUGAAGUGUGUCUUCUUUGCUAUUCGUUGAGUGUUUUUCAUCACUGCUGUGAUUGAGGGGGAGUGAGUAGGAUCUCUGAUCUAAGUUGUUUAGAUUGAAGUUGCAUUGAGUAGAUAUUAAGUGAAAGGAGUAAUCUUGAUCUGUAUUACCUUUAAUUGAUAUUACUUAUAGUGGACUUCCUCCCUGGCUUGGUAGCCCCC